CGCGUGUGUGCGUGCGUCUGUGUAUAACAACAGUAGUGUAACGCUAGAAAAGUCAAAGGUACGUCAGUGCGCGUUGUUGUUUUUGUUGUCGCUGUCGUCCUUGUCUCCGCUACCGUUAAUAUUAUUGUUGUCGUUAACCCGUUUGUCGUCGUCGUCGUCGUAGUCGCUAGCGGUUUCGGUGGUUUCGCGACGACGUCGGUAGGCACCCGAUCUCGCGUAUGGCCGCCAUACUUGUCUCGUCCAAUGUCGACAACAACCACUGUUGACGUUGCUCUAUUGCGUUGUCGUCGUCGUCGCCGCCGCCACCGCCGAUGGAUAGACCAUCCGCGAUUGUCCCGGCGGGACCGGCCGCGACUCCGUCUGCAGCCCCAGCCCCGGCAGGGUCGAGCAAGGGAUGCGGCGUCCCGGGAUGCCGAAAAACCAGCCAAAAGUGGUGUUGCGGCACCGAACAGUGUCCGAUGUGCCAUAGAUUCCGCAAGUUGUUCCACUGCAAGACCUGUGUUGGGAAUGGCGACUUUGGACACUCAUCGGCCUUCGACAAGGGCAGGUUUUUCAAAAAACAAAUGAAAUAUCAAAGUAUUGUCUAUAGUUCUAAUUUGUUCAAAAAUGAUUGUGCUAAUAUGUUUUCAAAAAGACAGUGUACUACUUUGAAGAAAACAGAAACUUCAAUAUUACAAGAAAAAAUUAGAUUAUUAAAACUUGCUAUAUCGGACAAAAACAAAACCUUAACAGAUAAAAAAAAUCAACUAAAAAAAAUUAAAUUAGAAAUAGAUAAUCAAAAAUCAAGAGUUGAUCGAUAUGGAAGACGUGUAGUGCGAUUAGAAGAUUUUACCAAAGGUCAAUUAUCAGUUUUAAAUGAUAAAAAAAAUGAACUAUUUGCUAUUAGACCCAAUUUAAAGAAUGUAAUUCAAACACGUGUUAAUCAGCUUGUUACUCAUAUAUUCUCAUUGAAUGAAGUACAUCCAACUAUUUUACAGAAUGAAGAAUUGGAAGCUACUAAUAGUAAUAAUAGUUUAAGUCAUGCAUUAGCGGAAGCUUCAAAACUAACGUAUGUAUGCGGUCAAUGGGUAGAUACUUGUGAAGAAUGGUCGAGGCAAACAGAACUUGGUUACCGCAUCGUAGCACCCACUCUUCCAGCAAAUGGAGACUACUCUGCAUAUAAUGAAUGGGUUUCAGAUAAGAAUAGGGAUUAUGCAUUUCAUCAAACUUUUGUUGAACCAAAUCCUGCGUGCACAAUAAGUGCUGCUCUUACAUAUACCUCGCAGUUAGUAAAGCAACUUUCCUUUUUUAUAGACGUUUUUUUACCUAGACGUCCAAAUUUUAGGUACUGUAAUCGUGAAUUUUGUGGUAAUGAGCUGAAUGAAACAAAAUUUGCAAAAUAUGUUACCCACUUGAAUGCUAACAUACUUUACUUGUGCUUUUCACAAAAUGUUGACCCUAAAUUACUACAUCCUGAUCACACAUUAAAAAAUUUGCUGCAACUAUUGGAUACAUCUGUUAGUGAUCUAGGAAGGGUGGAUCCACCAGAUAUUGAUAGUAAACUAUGCAAUGCAUUCGAAGAAAAGAUAACUUUUCAAUUGUUUUCAUUUACUGGAGACUCGGACUCUGAAGAAGACAAUUAUUAUGAAUGGGAAGCUGUACCAAAUGUGGAAUACCCUGCAGAUCAUACUCAAUUGUCAUCACAGUCUGCAAGUAGUGUUGUUAGAGCAGGCCUUGUAGCUAGUACAGCAGCCAGUUUAGCCUCCAUGUGGCGUGGUUGGACUAAAUAAUAAGUGAUAAAUUCUAAUUGACAAACGUUUUCUUCUUUAUUGUAUUAUCUAAAAAUCCCACAAAUUUGCACUUGCCUAAGAUUAUUUUUGUGCACAUCACAAAUUUCAUCAUCUGAAACAGUGCAAAUUUAGAUAGCAAAUACAAUCUAUUUGUUUAGAUAUUAUACUAAACCUCAGCUUUUUAUUUUUUUAAAUUUAUGUUAUAUUAAUUAGGAACAGAGUAAAAUGUAUUUUGUUGUUACCAAAAUUGUAUUAUACCUAUAUUAUUC